AUGGAUCCCGAUAUGAUGACAAAAAGAGUGUUAACAGACACCGAUCUUUCCACACAAGGUUGGUUGAUUUUACCAACACAGAAGAUCGAAAACAUAGAAAAGAACCUGGGAUUUACGUUACCCCGAAAUGGUGCUCAAGUGGAAAUUCUGGACAAUGACAAGUCCUAUUGGGUAAACCUUAAUAAAAACAAAGCUGGUUAUUAUAUCGGACAAGGGUGGAAAAGUUUGAGAGAUGAAAGAGAUCUCAAAACAGGCGAUGUCAUCCAAUUAUAUUGGAAAGAUACAAAAUUCAUUUUCUCUAUGUGCCCAUCGGAAGCAGAACAAGCAAGUCAGAAAGGAGAAAGCAGUUCUUCUAAUUGAUCAUGGGAGAAUAAUAAAU